AUGGGUGGUGGACAGGAUGGAAGGGACGAGAAGGACAAGAAGAAGGAUAAGCCAAAGUACGAGCCGCCUCCACGCCCGACGACGCGUAUCGGCCGCAAGAAGAAGAAGGUAGCCGGGUCUAGCGCGGCCCAGAAGCUGCCGGCCGUGUACCCGACGGGACGGUGCAAGCUCCGUCUGCUGCGCAUGCAGCGGAUCCACGACCACCUCCUGCUGGAGGAGGAGUACGUGGAGAACCAGGAGCGGCUGCGCAAGGCCAAGGCCGUGAAGGAAGGGUCUACACAGGGGGCCGACGCCGCCGACGACGACCGCCUGGCCGACGAGCGUGGCCGGGUCGACGAUAUGCGCGGCAGCCCCAUGGGCGUGGGCACGCUCGAAGAGCUCAUUGACGACGACCAUGCCAUCGUCAGCAGCACUACGGGGCCGGAGUACUACGUUGGCAUCAUGAGUUUCGUCGACAAGGACCUGCUCGAGCCCGGCGCGAGCGUGCUCCUGCACCACAAGAGCGUCAGCAUCGUCGGCGUGUUGACCGACGACGCCGAUCCCAUUGUCAGCGUCAUGAAACUUGACAAGGCCCCUACCGAGUCGUACGCCGACAUUGGCGGUCUCGAACAGCAGAUCCAGGAGGUCAGGGAGUCGGUCGAGCUGCCCCUCCUCCACCCGGAAAUGUACGAGGAGAUGGGUAUCAAGCCCCCCAAGGGUGUCAUCCUCUACGGUGCCCCCGGAACGGGCAAAACGCUGCUUGCAAAGGCCGUUGCCAAUCAGACUUCGGCGACCUUCCUGCGCAUCGUCGGCAGUGAGCUCAUACAAAAAUACCUGGGUGAUGGACCCAGGCUGGUGCGACAGUUGUUUACAGUUGCUGGUGAAAAUGCCCCGUCCAUCGUAUUCAUCGACGAGAUCGACGCCAUCGGUACGAAGCGAUACGACUCGACAUCGGGAGGCGAGCGCGAGGUGCAGCGGACCAUGCUGGAGCUCCUUAACCAGCUAGACGGCUUUGACGACCGCGGCGACGUCAAGGUCAUCAUGGCCACCAACAAGAUCGACACGCUGGACCCUGCCCUGAUCCGCCCCGGCCGUAUCGACCGCAAGAUCCUGUUUGAGAACCCGGACCAGAACACGAAGCGCAAGAUCUUUACGCUGCACACGUCCAAGAUGAACCUCAGCGAAGAUGUAGACCUGGAAGAAUUCAUUGCGCAAAAGGACGACCUGUCGGGUGCUGACAUCAAGGCCAUCUGCUCCGAGGCGGGCAUGAUGGCCCUGAGAGAGCGCAGGAUGCGCGUCCAGAUGACCGACUUCCGGUCGGCUCGCGAGCGCGUGCUCAAGACCAAGCAGGAGGGUGAGCCUGAGGGUCUGUAUCUGUAA